AUGUCGACUUUCAAUGGGAUAAUUCACGAAUUCCCAGAGAUCAGAGUCGACUUCUUCAGGAACCGGCCGGGCAUCCAGCCGCCUCUCGCCUGUUUCCUGAGCCAUGUCCACAGCGACCAUCUUGCCGGCCUGGAGACACUCAGGUCACCUUUUAUCUACUGCUCUCCGGCCACAAGAGAACUGUUGCUGCGUUUGGAGCGAUACCCUUGCCGCAUCAACUAUGCUAAAGGAAUCAUCGAGGCCAGAGUUCAGAGAUACAGACACCUCAAAGGGCUGCUCAAGACCAUUCCCCUCGAGACACCGACCGUCCUCGAGGUAGAGCCCGGCAACCACCUCCAGGUAACUCUAUUUGAUGCAAACCACUGCCCUGGAGCCGUAAUGUUCCUCUUUGAGGGCCAGGGCAAGGCAGUCUUGUACACGGGAGACAUUCGGUCUGAGCCGUGGUUUGUCACCUCCAUUGCUCGCAAUCCCUGUUUGAUCGAAUAUUCCAGCGGCAUCAAGACCCUUGACAUGAUAUAUCUGGACACCUCCUUCACGGAAGAUGUCUGGUUUCAGACAAAGGCCGAAGGGAUUCGAGAGCUGGUCAAGGCGGUCUCUCGAUAUCCAGCAGACACAGUCUUCCACCUACAGGCAUGGACCUUUGGCUACGAAGAUGUCUGGGUUGCCCUGUCCAAGGCGCUGAAUUCGAAGAUCCACGUUGACAAUUACAAGAUGCGCCUGUACAAAUCCCUUGUGGUCAAACCAUCUAACAGCGAAACCGAUCCUCCUGCGUACUUAUCCGCCGAGGCAGCCAGGCUUGUCGGCUUCAAGUGCGGUAAUAAGGAACACCCAGGCUGCCUCACUUCGGAUGAGCGUGUGCGUUUGCACAGUUGCGAGAAAGGAGCUCCCUGCCAGACAAUGCAGAAUGCCAAUGUCGUUUGGCUCAAGCCAAUAAUUGCACGCCUACCCAAUGGGCAAACUUUGACAGAAAUCGGUGUUGGGGGCGGUGGCGAUGACCUGGAGAAGGAAGCCGAGCUUGAGUAUCUCAACCCUGGGGAGAUUAAAGAUUUCUUCGAAAUGAUAUGGGCCAAUGACACCAUCACAGAGGAUGUCAAGGCUCGCAUGGAGUCCUUUCUUUUGCAAGCGGUCACGAAUGGGCGCAAUAUCUCGUUGGACAUUGACAUUUCGUCUUUCGGCAACCAGAACGAAACAGAACUUGCGGCUGCAAUCCAUUCUAUCGCACAAAAGACCAAAGGAGGCACAGGAAAAGAAGCCACGGAAGCACCCGAGGUUUUGGGUCAAAAGGUGCGAUUUCCUUAUUCACGCCACUCGUCCUAUCCCGAGCUCUGUGAUUUGGUCAAGGUCUUUAGACCGAAGGACGUUUGGCCGUGUACUGUCAAUCCUGUAGAAUGGGCAUCUAGCGGCAUAGACAUUGCAGGCUUAUUUGGCCGGUAUUGCUCGGGACACACCUUCAUGCAUGACAUUGUCAUGCAGGAAAUUGCUAGGGAACAAAAGGAGAUGAAGAAACAUCACGAAAGCCAAGCAAGCACUGCCUCCGAAUCGCAGGACCUGUCCAGCAGUCAACAAUACUUGGGUCCGCGGCGACGUGUCGAUGCUAUGGAUGGGUUUCAGGUUGUGGAUCGGGUCAACGAGACUCCUUCUGCUGCCGCUGUUGCCCACUCCGGAUUGCCCACCAGCUCUCCAGUGUCGUCCAGGCAUCAGAGUGCGGUCACGCUGAGUGUGGACCUUGACGACACGACUUUGGAAUCGCAAAGCUCCACCACGUCGGACCUUGCCUUGGAACUACGCAACCAAGCGUACAGGACCAUGAUAACCAAUCUGACUACUGAUGAUUGGCAGCCCAUUGGUCUGUUGUCCACAACGGACAAUCACACGCAUGCGGAACAGGAACUUGGUAAUGACUGA